UGAAAAGCUGCAGCAGGAAGUCAACACAGCUCAGUCGUAGUUUGCUGAAUGCACUAUGGAUCAUUGUGCUCCACUUUCACAUCACCUGUAGCUCAGGGAGUGUCUGCGGUGCUGGGAGCUGACUUUAUCUUCUGUGAACUUUCAUUUGUCCGCGGCAGACAGUGUGCCAGUAAGAUGCAGCUACAACUGUGUUGACUGUCUGCAGCUCAACAAGUCACAACACUGGACAGCUGACAGGCUGAGGCCUGGAUGUGAUACUGGGUCAGUGUGAGUAGGUAACCCUGCCUGAGGGUGCGAUGUGUGGACCUGCCCUGCCCCUGUGUCUGCUGCUCUGGGUAGCAGGGACAGCUGUUUCCAGGACGCGAGGUGAGGUCGUAGCUCCUGCCAGUCUGAGUGCAGAGGCGGGUAGCUCCCUCCAGCUGGCCUGCAACGUCACCACGGCGAUGGGUGACACUGUCCGGCAAGUUCGGUGGUACAACAAGCACAAGAAGAUCCUCCUGGCGUACGAGCAGAGCGCCCCCAUCCGCAUCAGCCAUCAGGAGCCCAACGUGCAGCUCACCACCUCCCACAAUGACGGCAGCUCCAUCACCAUCACAAGGGUGAGGCCUGAUGACGAGGGCUGUUACAGCUGCAUCUUUGACGUUUACCCCACGGGCCUGCAAGAGGGCAAGACAUGCAUCAGCGUCACUGGUAAAGUGCACCAGGAGGGCAACAAGACGGCCGUGAGCGGGAAGUCAGCCACCCUGUCCUGCUGGUACAGCCUCCCUGAGAGGGUGCGCCAGGUGCUGUGGAGGAAGACGGCCGAACAGGGCGACACCACCACCGUGGCCUCCUACGCCAAGCACAGCCACCGGAACAUAGCCGACCAGUUUGCGGGUCGGGUCAGCUUGAGCCUCUCCCUGGGGGACACCGACCUGACCAUCCAGCAGGUCAGGACGGAGGAUGAGGCCUGCUACACCUGUGAGUUCCACACAUACCCGGACGGCACCAAAAGCACCACCGCCUGCCUCUUUGUUUAUGUUUUACCCAAACCAGAGGUGAGCCAUGUGACCUCAUCCUCAGGGGUCACUGAGGCAAACUGUACCGCUCAGGCCCGACCUGCAGCGGAGAUCACAUGGAACGUCAGCGGGGACAACCGGACGCUCGGACUGCCCGUUUCUUCUGCCUACGACCAGGGCGACGGCACGACGAUAGUGACGAGCACGCUGUUCUUCCAGUCGGGGCUGCUCAGUGACCUGUCCAUCAAGUGCGUCGUGCACCACCAGGGCCUGGAGAAACCCCUCACAGUGCCCCUCAAGUCAAACGUGGGUCCAGCCAUGGUCGUCCUGCUCUCGGUGUGCGGCGUGGCAGCGGUCCUGCUCCUGUGUCUGUGUGUGUGCCUCUGCAAGUGCUUCAUCUGUACCGACGACUGAUUUGGAGCCCGGCGUCAUGGCUGCUUUGAUGAAGGUCCAGGGGAGCUCUGAGCCUGACCUAGCUGCUCAGCACCGUGCCCUCCAGCUCAGCGUGCAGAGGAAGGGAACAGAGCUUUCACAGAGCUGAGACAACACUGCCGGUUCUGCUUCUAUGAGCUUGGAAGAUACCGCUAGUGCAGACACAAAUUUCUCGUUGUUUAUUACAAAGUAAACAGAACUAAAAACACAGUAUUUAACGCUAGAUAUUACACUUACAGUAGAACAGUUGCUUUGAUAAUUGAUCAAAUCGUUGUGAUAUGAAUAGAGGUUUUAUAUCUUAUUCCACGAAGAAGGUCCAGUUAUUGGGCUAAAGUGAUAAUCUAAAAAGGGUGUGUGUGUGUGUGUGUGUGUGUGUGUGUGUGAGAUAAGUUAUAUUUUCAAUUUAAAUUUAGGUUGAGUAGAUUUUGUUUUUGACUUUGUUGGGUGGCUUAUUAAGAAAAUUAAUUACUUGGAUCUAAAUUUAUAUACAUAAAUAAUUUAUCAGAGAGGGAGUUUAUUAGUUCCCAUUCAAAAAUAACCCAUUUUUUCUUUAAAGCUCCUUAAAACAUGGUUUCAAAUCUUUUUUUUUUUUCUAAAAAAAGUAGGAACAAAACUUUCCUAGUUGUCGUCAGGUCAUUGUGUGAGAUUUGAUUGACAGUGAUAUGGAAACAUAAUCAAACAAACCCCACAACUGUCAUCAGAUUUUAAUUCUGAUUUCUGAUUGUUCCCUGAGCUUAGCCUACAUGACGUCACCUACCUUGCAAGUUACAGUAAAUCAAAAAGAAGCAGGGGGACAGAGGUUAAACUUAUAGUGAACCAGCCCUGUUGUGAGUCAGACUCAACGGAUUUUUUGAGUAGAAGAAUGAAAGGUUUGUUAUUUAUAGCUGCUGUGUUGUGUGGGACAGAGAAGGGUGGUCAACCUGUAACCUUCAUGUACCCGGUGGUUUACACCGCCCAAACGAUUCCUGUGUGGAGGAACCUCGCGGACGUGAAUCACUGUUUGUGGCAGACAGAAACUGUGCGAGGGUAUUGGAGUGUGUCCACGUGUGUGUGUGUGUGUGUGUUUUGAAACUGAAAGGAAGCAUGUGUGAGGAGCAUCAGUGUUAAGAAUUUAACCAUUUAUUUGGGAAAAUAUUAAUAUAGGCCCACGUGGGCUGUGUACAGUAUAGUUAAUUUUGUAGAAAAUCUCAUUCAUCAGGGAAAAAAACCCAUAUAUUCUGUUAACAAUUAAACAUCGCUGUUGGAUGGUCAUCUACUUUUACGGUGAAGUCUUAUCUGUAUAUAAAAACAGUUAAGGGUCAAAUGUUAAUAAAUGCCUACACUGAAGUUAAAAAACGUAGCUGUUGUCUACCUGCUGUUUUAAUUUUUCUUUCAGUUUAAUAAUCAUUCAGUCUUCAAUGUCAAAAGUGUUUCUGAACAGAAUUCACCUUUGUAGCAUCUGUAAGAGAUAUGAUUUACUGUACUGGUGCUGAGGUUAAAAGUAGAUCAGAAAUAAAACUAUCUGCUGUUUCACUGUU